UGUCACACAGCAGUCUUGUCAGUUACGCUCCAUUUGAACUUUAGAUCGUUCGUGAGACUUGGGAAGGAUGCUUUCCAGUCGUAUCCAAUACGCUCUUGCGCUCCUCUCUCUAGCGCUGGCGGUAAGCAGCGUGUCUGCAGCACCGUCAGACCUGAAACUGCGCCAGCUGCUCCAGAGAUCGCUGCUUGCACCUGCAAGCAAACAGGAUCUUGCCCGACAUGCCCUAGAAGAAUUGCUGGCCGAAGUGGUGCGGGUAGAGAACGAAGCGCUGGAGCCUGACGACUUGUCCCGCGGAGCGGAUCAGGAAGAACUGCAUCUCGAACUUGAACGAGCCGCCGGUCCCGCUUUGGCUCCUCGUGAACGCAAGGCAGGAUGCAAGAAUUUCUUCUGGAAAACCUUCACGUCGUGUUAACUUGUUCGAAGUUAACUUAUUGUAACUGUUCCAUUAACUAAUUUCUUGUAUUUUUGGUUUCCAAAAAUUACUGAACAUUUUAAAUGUAAAUAUAACACGUAAUAAAUUAUAUUAAAAAAAUCUUUUAAUAUAUACGCUAUUGAUACCCGAUUCCUUCUUUAGUAGAAAUGAUCUGCAAUAAAUGUAUGAAAUUAUAUCAUAGUUCGUGCUUUAUCGUUUCGAACAGAGAAACUAUUUUAAAUCGUUUGUUUCAAUAAAAUCUGUUUCAGACUUCAA